AUGAAGGGAGCCCUUAGUGAAGUUGAAUUGUUUGCUACUACAAGCAUAGCACAGCUGUCUGUGUUGAUAUAUCACUUAGUAGUCCCAAGGUACGCUUUUCUUGAGUUUCUGUUUUCUAUAGUUCCGUUGUACCUUACAAUUGUAUUCCCUAAUCACUUGUGUUUGAUUUAUGCUUCAUUCUUCGCCUUAUUUGUUGUGAGCUUCCUGUCUACAAUAAUCCGAAGAUGGAUAAGAGGGAAGUCUACAGCGGUAUGGCCGAGAUCUGCAAUCGACAAUUCUUCCUUGUCCAUGAAGCAUCCUACAUCAACACCUCAAAAUAAUGGGAUAUAUGCAUCCGUUGCAAUAGAUAGGGUUCGAGUUCUCAUAAUGAGCUGUGUUGCUAUUACCAUAUUUGCAUCGGACUUCUCUUUCUACAAAGGAGGAAAAUUAGGAAAAAGUAUGAGUUACGGGCUUAAGCUGAUGGACAUAGGCGUAGGUUCCUUCGUAUACAAUGCGGGGUUCUUCUCUUCAAAGGCAACCCCACAAAGAAAGGUGGAGAAUGUAUUAUCAUCAUUCUUCUUUGGGAUUCUAAGGUACCUGUCCAAAGUGCUACUUAAGUUAGAUGUCAACGAUGCCGAGUUCGGCAUCCAUUUGAACUUUUUUCUGAUACUCGGUGUCCUGAACCUGGCUUCAUUGUUUAUAAACACAUGGGCAGACUUCUCAAUAGGAUUUGGGAUGUGUCUACUACACGAAGUCUUUCUGAAGUUCUUUGGGCUGGAAAAACUAAUAUAUACUACCAAAAGAUCAAAUAUAAUAACUGCAAACAUUGAGGGAAUCGCAUUUAUUUUGCCACAGAUGGGAAUGUUUCUUAUGGCCAGUGAAAUAUCAAAAGUCGUGUUCAAAAAGAAAAAUAUGGGCAUUAUUGUGCUGUAUAAUCUCUUUUUUGUCUCCAUAUUGUUGGGAGCCAGUACAUACUCGACAUCUUGUCGUAGGAUACACAACCUUUACUUCUGCAUGGUAAUAAUGCUUCUCCAUACUACGCAAGGAAUCGUGUUUGGAAUGUUCAAUAUGGCUUUCAAUAUUAGAGAUCUCAAAAUGCAUCGCUUCAUAAGCAAGUAUUUACUUUUUAUUCUGAUCUGGUCCAACCUGCUUGUAGGGAUAAAUAAGUUACUCGUUAAUCCUUCAGCAAUGCCUAACUAUUUGGGGCAUGGAUUGAAUAUCGCAUAUCUUACAGUUGUGUUCUAUCUUCCAUACAUAGCCUUAGAUAGAGGUAUUAUGAAAAGUUGCAAGCAAAUUAAUAGUAAGUUUUUUUCACUCAAGUCCGGAGGUUAA